AUUUACGGACAAUGUCACAUUAUAAUAUUUUUUUAAAAAAUCUAUGUAUGUCAUAUACCAUUUAAUAAAAACUCAUGUAUCAUGUGUCAUUGAUAUCCUAUUGAUCCUUAUACCCUAAACCCUUAUUCAAAGUCUAAAAGUUUAAUAAUUUUGUAAAAUAACCAUGAUCACGAUAAUAAAAUUUGUAUUCUCAUAUCUAUUUUAUGGUAUAAGAUAUUUUUGUUCAAAUGCAUAAUAACAUUGUUCUAUUUUUUUUAUAAAAAAAAUAUCAUAAUUCCAAAACUCAUAAAUUUAACUUUAAAAGAAUCUUUAAAAACCUAUAAAUUAAAAUGCAUAACAUAAAUACAAUGCAUUUACCAUACAAGACAAAUCAAAUAGUUUAUUCAGUUUUAUGUACUAUUAUAAAAUAUAUUAGAAGUUAAAUAAAAAUUUAGGAAAAUAUUAUCAGAUUUUUCUAAGUUUUUACCGGGUCAACUGGUAUCGGUUCACGGAUUAAUAGCAGUGUUUUUUUAUCAUAUUUUAAUUAAUGAAUUUUCAUUAAAUCUAAAUUUUGCGAAAACAUAUGAGUUGGUAGAACCUCUCAUAGAAUGCUACAUAAAGAACAUAAGCAUCUCUGAAUUAUAUAUGGCAACCAGGUUUACUGGCUCGACAUCGGAUCUGAUAUGGAAACAUUACUUAUAUUUUGAAUACAAAAUAUUAGGAUAAUUUAGGUUUUGGGUAAUUUGUUUUUAUAAAUAGUAUUUUUAUGAUAUUUGUUUAUUUAGAAAUUAAAUAUAAUUAAUAUUCGUAGAAAAUACUUUUUAUUUUAAAAUUUCAUAUACCCCUUUGGUUCUCGGUUUGGUUUCAAGAGAUAUAAGAUUUGGUCGGUUAUUUAUGAAAUUCGGUUCAAUUUUGUUUUUUUUUUUCAGUUUGGUUCCUAGGUUCCGGAUAAAUGUUCUAAGACUUUAUAUACUAUCUCAUAUAGAAAUUCAUUAAAAAAGAUUGAAAACCAAAAAUAAACCCGCGCUUUUCAAGCGCGGGUCAGAAUCUAGUUAUUAUUAUUAUAUGAUUCAGUCUCCUUGUUCUUCUUGGAUGCAGAUUGGUCAAGGUACUUAUAGCAGUGUAUACAAGGCUCGUGAUCUUCUCAACAACAACAAGAUCGUUGCACUUAAAAGAGUCCGGUUCGAUCUUAGCGAUUUAGAAAGCGUUAAGUUUAUGGCUAGAGAGAUCAUUGUCAUGAGGAAGCUUGAUCAUCCCAAUGUGCUUAAGUUACAAGGCUUGAUCACCGCCUCUCUUUCGUCUUCUCUUUACUUGUUUUUCGAGUACAUGGAUCAUGAUCUCGUUGGACUUGCCUCCAUUCCCGGUAUCAAGUUCUCUCAGCCUCAGAGGAUUACUGGAGGAAACUGAAACUACCACCUUCAGCUCCGUUUAAACCUGCGCUUCCUUACAGACGACGUGUAGCAGAGAUGUUUAAGGACUUGCCUAUGAAAGUGCUUUCUCUUUUGGAGGCUUUACUCUCCAUAGAUCCUGAGCAGGGAGGCUCUGCAGCUAUAGUUCUUGAGACUGAGUAGCUGGUUUUUAACUUUAUGUUAGAUACCGCUAUCUUUACUUUUGUGUGAUUUGAUGAUAACACAUGGUUAUUGUGGAGCAGUACUUCAGAACGUAGCCGUUUGCUUGUGAUCCAUCUUCUCUACCAAAAUAUCCUCCAAGCAAAGAGAUUGAGAUGAAGCGAAGAGGCAACAAAGGUCGGCACAGGAGAAGAAAGACUCUCUGACAAGACGGAUCACACGAAAGAAAACUUAUCCCACCGGUAAAAGCUAAUCCAUCACUCACAGCGGCUAUGGAGGUAACAGAGAGUCUUGAUAUGCUAUGGUUUGGUGUUCCAUCAGAAUAUUAACUUAAACCAAAAAUAAAACUUGUUGUCCCAAUACAGAAUCCUUAUCUAAGAAGAUGUGUUCCGGGUCAUUCAACAAGACAAAUGCAGAUCAGCAACAAUGCCGCAAGUGGAAGAGUCUCUUAGACCAGCUCCAUCGGGACCUCUUAAAUGAGGUUCUAAACAGAAAAGUGAAAAAAAAAAUGAAAAAACGAAAUAAAUCAGAGAACCAAUCUUUAAACUGAGAUUUUAAGGAUUGGUAAAGAGCCUUAAGUGUCACCUUACUCAUUAUAUUCUAGGGUUUUCAUUUAAUUUUUUGACACUUAAAGGAAGCAACUCUGUUGUUGUAGUUGUCUACGCAAAUAUGAAGCCAGAAUUUCGUGCUUGCUUUGAUAGGUUUUUAAGCUUUUUGUCAAAUGUAUACAUUAUCAAAUAUGAAGGCAGAAUUUCUUGGACAUCAAUAAACUUCAGAAGAAAGAAAUAUAUAGAUAUCUCAUGAAGAUGAUGAUACUUGCAAAUCCAUUUCAUUCAUUUAUAAAAAUCCACUUAUUUUGAUUUUGAAACUUAUAUCAUUGAUUUUGAAAUCUGUUUGUUUAAUUUUGAAAUCAAGAGAUUUGUAGAUGAUUUGUAAAUCCAAAACUUUUUUCAAAAUCCACUACAAUUCUAGAAUCAAUAACCCCCACUAGUGAGUUUAAUUAAAAGAAAAAGUAAACCAAACCGGUUCUAAAAAUCCUGGCCGUUAGACCACCCGCAUCGGGGGUUUAUGAGAGAGUCAUGGGCUCGGUAUCAUAGGCCUUUUCGAUUAAAAGAAAUGAAUAAAUGGGUUUCAACCCGUGAACCGGGUCUUCCAAGUGAGCCCGUAUGAUACGGGGUCAUGCCACGCGGCGCAGAGGGAGUGGCUACGCGAUCUUGCGUGUUGAGUGAGAAAAAAAGGGUUUCGCGUGAAAGAUUUCAUUUUCCCUUCUCUCUUCGAAAUCUAGGGUUUCUCCGUCUCUGAGGCGAUUUCGUGUCGGAGUCCAGAGCCGGAGAUUUUCUCGAUCAAUUCGUCGUCGGAGUCACUCGUAAACGCUCUCAGGUGAGUCUCAAUCACUCCGAGGACGAGAUAGCUUCGAUUUGAUCUCGAGAGGUUUCUAGGUUAAGGAAGUCGAUUUGGGGUUUCGUCUUAGGGUUGGAAAUCGAGAAGGGGGUUUCGAUUUCUUGGUUAAAAUCGACAUACGGUUUCCUUUUAGGGUUCGUUUAUCGUGGAUUUCAUUUCGAUUUGGGGGUUUUGUGUAAGGGUUCAAAAUCUAAAAGGGGGUUUUAAUUUCUUCGUUUAAAUCAACAUACGGAUUUCUUUUACUGUUCGUUCAUCGUGGAUUUGAAUUGGAUUUGGGGGUUUUUAUUUAGUCUUUCAAUUUUUUUUUUUUGUUUCUCGGUUGCUUCCGUUCUAAUUAUUUGUUUUCCUGAUACAGAUGGAUCCCGAAGCAGAGAUAAGAGACACAAAGAGAAGAAAGGAGCACAUCGAUAUGCUUUCAUACGUGUGUGAUUCAGAACACGGGAUUCCAACGAGGUGUCCCUGUGGUGGGAGUAUAAUUCACGAGGUUCGUGGGAAGGAGGAAUACGACACUCUCCCCGGCAAGCGUUUCUUCACCUGCAUAAACUACGAGGCUGAUGGUUUUCAUUAUCGUCAGCCUUGGGUCAUUGGUGUGCAGGAGCAUAUCGAACGGCUCACAAGUCGUGUGGAGGAGGUGGAGGCGGUGAUCAAGUGGCUGCCGGAGGUGAAUAAUAAGAUUAAGAGUCUGGAGGCAGAGGUAAAAGCCCUCACUGUGGAGGUUAAUAGGCUCACUGGGAAGGUUUAUAACCUGACCGUGCAGGUGGAUCACUUGGAGAAAUGCUGCUUCGACUGAAAACACAAAGGUAACCACACUAUAACUAGAGUUGUUGCCUAAUGAAUUUUAACUUGAAGUAGGUUAGAGUAGUAGUAGAAUUUAAACUUGAACUGAACCAGAACUGAAGUAGUUGUGUAGUUAAGUUAAGUGUAAUCAAUUUUUGAAUGGUCUGUGUGAACUUGAAUUUAAACUUGAACUGAACCAAAACUAAAUUUAAACUUGAAAUAAUUAAUUUGAAAACCUGAUUUGAUGUUUAUUGAAUGGUCUGUGUGAAGUAGUUGUGUAGUUAAGUUAAGUGUAAUCAAUUUUUGGUGGUUAGAAGGUGUUUACUUCCUUGUACUUUCAAACCCAAAAGUAGUUUAAAAACCUAGCUAAUCGACAUCUUAAAACACAAACGAAAACUUAAAAACUUCAAUACUCAACCAAAAUGGUCCUUUAAACUCUCCCGGCUUUGUUAACCUGCUUA